AUGCAUCCGCAUAAGAUCACGACAGCAACGAUAUUCGACGCGGAAGAAGUGACAGAGAUUGAUUUCAAGUAUGAGGUUUAUGAUCACGGAUCACCUUCGAAUGCGGUGGUUUGUAAUGCGACUAUCGUAAUUACGGACGUGAACGACAACGCUCCCGUAUUUGAACAUGACGUCUACACUGCGACCGUAAAUGUGAACAAUUUGUCGGAAAAUCGCACGAUUAUUACCGUGAGGGCCACAGAUAAAGACCGGACAGCAGAAAUUUUCUAUAAACUCCUCAACUAUCUGCAUUUAUUUGAGGUAGGCAAAUUAAGUUCGGUUUAUUUACAAGUCACUGAUUUGAUUUUUCGAAGCGAAAACGCACCUAAUUAA